AUGGCUGAAGGCGGACCACUUCCGGAACUAGACUUACACUUACUGGAGUGUCCAAUCUGUCUAGAGCGACUUCGACAACCCAAGUCCUUACCAUGUCUCCAUUGCUUCUGUCAGGAGUGCCUGGGGACCUACAUCACCAAGGAGUUGUCCGGUAAGAUGGCGUCUGGGACAUCUUUUCCGUGUCCAGUUUGUAGAGGGAUGGCUACGCCUGUCAAUCAAGCGGACACCAAGAAAAACUGGGCCAAACAGUUUCCAGCCAAUGCUGUGAUCCAAGAACUGAUCAAGCUUAAGGAGCAGUCGUCUGCACCACUGUACUGCACACCUUGUCAAACAAAAGGUAAUCCGUCCAAUCCUGCUAAGUUCUGGUGUAAGAAAAUGGAAUCCGGUUUUUGUGAGACUUGUAAAGUGGGUCACCACGAUGUCAUACAUAUUGGAUGUGAUAUAUUAGAUAUUACCAGUCACGAUAGCAAAAGACCAACACAGAACUCUGUUCCUCACUGUGACCAACAUGACGAGGAUAUGGUUUGGUACUGUGAGGAUCACAAACUGCUCGGUUGUAACAUCUGUGUCUUCAAAGAUCAUAGACGUUGUGAGGAGGUGACAACAGCGAAAGAGUAUUUUCAGAAGUUGAAAGCAGGAACACAACUGACAGAUAUGCAGGCAGCACUGAAGAAAGGUUCAGAGGUCAUGAACUCCUUAGUGAAGGACUUUGACGAACAGCUACAAGCUAUGGUAAAGAACCACGAAAUCGCUCUCUGUAGUAUUACAGAUCUACGCCAAAGGAUCGACAAACGGCUUGACGAGCUUCAGAAGGACUGCACAGACAAGUUUAUCACACUGUUCAAAGACGAAAAGAGGAAAUUGGAGGACUCCUUACGGCAAUGCGAACGUCUAAAGAAUAGUAUGCUUAAUACCCUGAAGUCGUCGAUUAAAGCUACAGAGGGAAACGAUAACACUAAAACGAUAGUGUCGUAUCAGAGAGGACAAGCAGAAGUUGAGUCGUGUAAGGCCCUGGUCAAGGAGAUGAACGAAUCUUUCACUUCCGUCAAUGUUAAGCAUCAGACCGAACCCGAACUUGUAACAUUUGGUGAUGACGCAAUGGGGAAUAUCGUCAUUGAGAAACCUUCAAGACGUUUUCCUGAGAGUCAUGGUUACCUUACAUCACCAAUGUCCGGGCGUCGCGUGAGAGAAGUACAACAGUUUGGUAUAAAAUCUACAUCAGAUGGGAACGAUUGUAAAGCAUUUGGCGUCGUAUACCUUCCGUUUAAUCAAAUAGUAGUAAGCGAUCUCAGAAACAAAAAGCUGAAGCUGUUUACAGAUAAAGGACAGUACCUGGAUGAGAUGACCAUUUACGGAAGUCCCAAUGAUAUGUGUUUGGUGAACGACAACACAGUGGCUGUAGCAGUUAGAAGUCCAGGUGGUGUCCAUAUCGUGAAAGUAGAAAACUCAAAAAUGUCACUUUCUUCCGAGAUCUGUUUGCCAGAUGAUAAAGGCUGCCAGGGUAUAACCCAUAUCAACGGAAGAUUUGUCGUUUGUACAGACACAAAAGAAGCUGAAGUGUACAGUGUGACACAGGACGGCACCGCUGAGCUAUUAUAUCAGUAUAAUGGCAAGUGUUAUUUCCUCUCACAUGACCCAACAAAUGAAGACAUACUGGUCAGCUGCCACAUCAGUACCCAAGGGAAAGUUGUGCUGUCCAGACUUUCGGCUGACAAACGUCGCAAGAAUGUGAUGCAAAGAGGUGUCGUGAGUUCAGCUGCAGGAGUUAUCGUUGAUAGGGAGGGCAACAUCUACGUGUGUGGCUUUGCAUCGAACAACGUCGUGCAAAUGUCUGGGGACGGGACACACGUCAGGGAACUGCUGACGUCAUCAGAUGGAAUAAAGCGCCCAUUCGCAGUAGCUGUUUGUGGUGACAUGUUUGUACUCGCUGAGGAUGAUACUAACUUCGUCCGCUUGUUUCAGCUCUAUUAA